AUGAUUCUGUCAUGUUUGAAAGUGUAUCAAGUGGGUGGUGGCUAUGGAGAUGAUGGGGUGGAAGGUGUUGAUCAGGUGGGUGGUGGCUAUGGAGAUAAUGGGGUGGAAGGUGUUGAUCAGGUGGAUGGUGGCUUUGGAGAUGCUGAUGUUGAUGGGGAGGAAGGUGUUGAUGGGGUGGAUGGUGUUGAUCAUGUGGGUGGUGGCUAUGGAGAUGUUGAUGGGGUGGAAAAUGUUGAUGGGGUGGAUGGUGUUGAUGGGGUGGAUGGUGGCUAUGGAGAUGUUGAUGGGGGGGAUGGUGUUGAUGGGGUGGAUGGUGUUGAUCAGGUGGAUGGUGUUGAUCAGGUGGGUGGUGGCUAUGGAGAUGUUGAUGUUGAUGGGGUGUAA